AUGCCGUCUGUAGGAACACUUGCUUUCGACGAAUUUGGUCGUCCUGUACUUAUCCUCAAAGGACAAGAGUCAAAAAAGCGUCUGUUUGGUAUUGAAGCACACAAGUCUCAUAUUUUGGCGGGCAAAGCAGUGGCCGAUACACUUAAAACAUCGUUAGGUCCACGAGGUAUGGAUAAAUGUAUGGUAUCACCCGAUGGUGAUAUAACAAUAACAAAUGAUGGUGCAACAAUUCUUAGUAUGAUGCAUGUGGAAAAUGAAAUUGGAAAAUUACUUGUUCAAUUAUCAAAAUCACAAGAUGAUGAAAUUGGUGAUGGAACAACAGGUGUUGUGGUUUUGGCUGGUGCAUUACUGGAAUAUGCAGAAGCACUUCUUGAUAAAGGCAUUCAUCCAAUUCGUAUUGCUGAUGGUUAUGAAUUAGCUGCAAAAAUAGCACUUGAUCAUUUGGAUAAAAUUGCUGAAGCUUAUCCUCUUGAUUUAACAAAACUUGAUCCAUUGAUUAAUACAGCUAUGACAACACUUGGUUCAAAAAUUAUUAAUCGAUGUCAACGUCAAAUGGCUGAAAUAGCUGUCAAUGCAAUUAUGAAUGUCGCUGAUAUGGAACGACGUGAUGUUAAUUUUGAACUUAUUAAAGUACAAGGAAAAGUAGGCGGUCGUUUAGAAGAUACACUUUUAGUCAAAGGUGUUGUGGUUGACAAAACAUUUUCUCAUCCUCAAAUGCCUAAGGAAGUUCGUGAUGCUAAAAUAGCUAUUUUAACAUGUCCAUUUGAACCACCAAAACCAAAAACUAAACAUAAAUUAGAUAUAACUAAUGUAGAAGAUUAUAAAAAAUUACGCGAAUAUGAAAAAGAAAAAUUUACUGAAAUGAUUAAAUCAAUUAAAGAUUCAGGUGCUAAUUUAGUUAUUUGUCAAUGGGGUUUUGAUGAUGAAGCAAAUCAUUUACUUCUUACUCAUGAAUUACCAGCAGUUCGUUGGGUUGGUGGCCCAGAAAUUGAAUUAAUUGCCAUUGCAACUGGUGGUCGUAUUGUACCACGAUUUCAAGAACUUACAGCUGAAAAAUUAGGAUAUGCAGGUUAUAUACGUGAACUUGAUUUUGGUACAACAAGUGAUCAUAUGUUAUGUAUUGAACAAUGCAAAAAGUCGAAUACAUGUACUAUCUUUGUUCGUGGUGGCAAUAAAAUGGUUGUCGAAGAAGCAAAACGUGCAUUACAUGAUGCAUUAUGUGUUGUACGAAAUCUUGUACGUGACAAUCGAAUUGUUUAUGGUGGUGGUGCAUGUGAAAUUGCAUGUGCUAUUGAAGUAGCUAAAGAAGCAAAUCAGAUUCCGACAAUUGAACAGUAUGCUAUUCGAGCAUUUGCUGAUGCACUUGAAUCUGUUCCAUUAGCAUUAGCUGAAAAUAGUGGUUUUUCACCAAUUAAAAUUGUAUCUGAUGUUAAAUCACAACAAAUUGCAGAGAAUAAUCCACGAUUAGGUAUUGAUUGUCUUAAUAAGGGAACGAAUGAUAUGAAAACACAAUUAGUUAUUGAAACACUUAUUGGUAAACGACAACAGAUAAGUUUAGCAACUCAACUUGUUCGAAUGAUUCUUAAAAUUGAUGAUAUUCGUUUACCCGGCGAAUCUGAAGAAUGA